AUGCUGUUGGGUCUGAGGUCCAUCCUGCCCCUGUCCCUGUCGGGAGUGUUGGCCUUCCUGGGCCUGUGGUGGUACUCUGCACGAAAGAAAGGCCGGCUCCCCCACACACACCUCCAGGAGGGGGAUGGGGAUGGGGAGGGCGUAGCUGAGGAGCAGAGCCCCGGGAAGGGGAGCGGGGCGGGGCAGGGGGAGGGGCAGGGGAGGGGGGGCCUGGCUGGGGAGGAGCGGGAGCGUCGGAGCGUGCUGCUCCAGACGUGGUCUGUGAGGGCACAGGGCCGCUCCUCAGGGCCAGCUCCCCCCCCUCUGAGAGGCCGGAGCCAGAGGGGGGGGGUGGGGGGUGCCGCCCUCCGGUUCACAGAGAAGCGCCUCACGGAUCUGACGGAGGACCUUGUCCUCUCCAAAGACCUCCACCCAGCGCUGUCGUCCGCUGGGGGGCCUGUCUGUGGAGCCCCCCCCUGCCCCCCCCGGUCCCCGGAGCCUGACGUCAGCGUGGAGGAAGUGAACCAGGUGGCAGCAGGUGUGAUCACUGACGUGGUCUCCCUAGCUGUAGCCGAGAUCCUCCGGGGAAGGUCCUUCCUGGAGGAGACCAACAUCCAGCCCUGUGACCAGGACAGCCCCACCGGGCAGGGCCGUGAGGCCCAGGGAGGUGCUCCUCAUCUGGGGGAGACCACCGUCUCUCCCCCCCUGCAGGAGGACAGGAUGCCAGACAGCAGCAGUGGAUCCCAGACUCUGCUGUCCCAGGAGCCUGCUGAGGACUCCAGCUCCACAGAGUCAGACGACAGCUCCAGUGAGGAGGACUACCCAGCCCGGUCCUAUCCAGGGGGGGAUCAGUCAGAGCUGGGGAGGAGACGGGGGAUAGCCAGGGGCCCCACGGAGGCCCUCAGGAAUGGCCUCAGCCAGGAGGAGGAGGAGGAGGCUCCAGGUUGUGUAUUGACCAGCACGGCUCCAGGGCUCCAGUACAGCCCCCAGCCCAGCCUCUCCCCCCAGCCCAGCCUCUCCCCCCAGCCCAGCCUCUCCCCCCAGCCCCCUGACCCCCCGGGGGCGCUGGGCCCCCCCAGACCAGCGGCCCUCAGACAGUGUGGGAGAUUGAGGUGCCCAAGGUAGGACCUGAGUGUGACC